AUGGCGGGGGAGGCUGGCGGCAGAGGUGGCGAUGGAGCCCGGCAGUGCCUGCCGCAGUGGGGACGAAGCCGGCGUGCUCAGCUGCACAUGCCUGCCGCAGGCUGGCUGGUUUGUGCUGAUGGCUCUUCAGAGCCAGAGGACGCUCACCGGCACGCGUGGCUACGCGUGCGCGCCCAGGCAGCCCUCGCCUGUGCGCCGCAGAGAAACGAGCCCGUUUCCGCACCCGCCUGCUUGCAACCACAGCCUGCAAACCACAGCACCUACAGACGUCACGUAUGUCCCUCGGCGGGAGGAAGGAGGUCGCUCCGUUCUCACGGGCUGCAGUCGCUGCAGAGCCCUCCUGAGGUGAUGAGGAGACAGCCCGGCCCGGUGGCGGUGCUGCUUUUCUCGCCUUCGGGCCGGCAGCGGUGUUGCUGUGCCAUCAACCCCCGUGCCGUUACCCCGCCGCCCUCACAGAUUCCCGUCUGUGGGCCACAGCAUGUGGAGAUGUGGUCGGCGGCCAAAAUAAACCGACGGAGGGAAUUGAAUGUAGGAGCGGGUGUUGGCACACAGACAGAAGUGCUGACGGGGAGCUGCCGCUGGAACAGGAUUUCCAUGGGCGGCCAGCUCAUUCGUGUUUGCCACCGGCCGAGCCCUGGCCCAGCGGGCGUUUUGCACGCCUACGGGAGUCACCUUCCACAUUCAAACAGCCACGGUGUUCUCUGCCUGCCGGACAGCUUGAACCUUCACAAAGACCAGCAAAGGUCAAACAAACCUGGGGAAGUGCAGAUGUUCAGCCAGUCGGAGCUAAGGACCAUUGAGCAGUCUUUACUUGCUACGCGCGUGGGGAGCAUUGCUGAACUCAGCGACCUGGUGUCUCGAGCAAUGCACCACCUCCAGCCCCUCAACGCCAAGCAGCACGGGAACGGGACGCCAAUGCAUCAGAAGCAGGGAUCGCUCUACUGGGAGCCGGAGGCUCUGUACACUCUCUGCUACUUCAUGCACUGUCCACAGAUGGAGUGGGAAAACCCCAACGUGGAGCCAUCAAAAGUCACACUGCAGACUGAGAGGCCGUUCAUUGUGCUGCCUCCCCUGAUGGAGUGGAUACGGGUUGCCGUGGCUCACGCGGGGCACCGUCGCAGUUUCUCGGUGGACAGCGAUGACGUACGGCAGGCAGCAAGGCUCCUACUGCCGGGAGUUGACUGCGAGCCUCGACAGUUAAAAAUCGACGACUGUUUUUGUGCAUCUCGGAAGCUGGAUGCAGUUGCCACUGAAGCGAAGUUCAAGCAGGACCUGGGUUUCCGGAUGCUCAACUGUGGCCGAACGGAUCUGGUUAAACAAGCCAUAUCCUUGCUGGGGCCGGAUGGGAUUAACAGCAUGAGUGAACAGGGCAUGACUCCACUGAUGUAUGCUUGUGUCAGGGGUGAUGAGGCUAUGGUGCAGAUGCUGCUAGAUGCUGGAGCAGAUCUGAAUGCUGAGGUUGUCAGUACUGCUCAUAAAUACCCAUCCGUCCACCCUGAGACCCGCCAUUGGACAGCUCUGACAUUUGCUGUGUUGCAUGGACAUAUUCCUGUAGUUCAGCUGUUGCUGGACGCUGGAGCAAAGGUAGAAGGUUCCUUGGAGCAUGGAGAGGAAAAUUACUCUGAAACUCCUUUACAGUUGGCAGCAGCUGCUGGAAAUUUUGAAUUAGUCAGUUUGCUGUUGGAGCGAGGAGCUGACCCCAUGAUAGGAACAAUGUACAGGAACGGCAUUUCCAUGACUCCACAAGGUGACAUGAACUCUUUCAGUCAGGCUGCUGCACAUGGACACAGGAACGUCUUUCGUAAGCUGCUUGCUCAACCAGAGAAGGAGAAGAGCGAUAUUCUGUCGCUGGAGGAGAUCCUGGCAGAGGGGACGGACUUGCCUGACUCAGCAGCAGCUCCGCUCUGCGCCAGCCGCAACAGCAAGGCCAAGCUGAAAGCCCUGAAGGAGGCCAUGUACCACAGCGCCGAGCACGGCUACGUGGAUGUGACCAUUGACAUACGGAGCAUAGGCGUUCCCUGGACGCUGCACACAUGGCUGGAGUCCUUGCGCACGUCCUUCCAGCAGCACCGACGACCCCUCAUCCAGUGCUUGCUAAAGGAAUUCAAGUCCAUUCAGGAAGAAGAGUACACAGAGGAGCUCAUCACACAAGGGUUGCCUCUGAUGUUUGAGAUACUGAAAGCCAGCAAGAAUGAAGUGAUCAGCCAGCAGCUCUCUGUCAUUUUCACUCAUUGCUAUGGACCCUACCCUAUUCCAAAGCUCGUUGAAAUUAAGCGCAAGCAGACCUCUCGUCUAGAUCCCCAUUUUCUUAACAAUAAAGAGAUGUCAGAUGUUACAUUUCUGGUGGAAGGAAGACCAUUUUACGCACACAGAGUGUUGCUAUUUACUGCAUCACCAAGGUUUAAAGCAUUGCUGUCUAGCAAGCCGUCAUCUGAUAGUACUUGUAUUGAGAUCAACUAUGUGAAGUACCCCAUCUUUCAGCUGGUUAUGCAGUAUCUUUAUUAUGGAGGUGCAGAGUCACUCCUGAUUAAAAAUAAUGAAAUUAUGGAGCUUCUCUCUGCUGCUAAAUUUUUCCAACUUGAAGCUUUACAACGACACUGUGAGAUCAUUUGUGCAAAAAGCAUUAAUACAGAAAACUGCGUGGAUAUUUAUAAUCAUGCCAAGUUUCUCGGAGUCACAGAACUAUCUUCAUAUUGUGAAGGCUACUUUCUAAAAAAUAUGAUGGUCCUCAUUGAAAACGAAGCUUUCAAACAGCUGUUGUAUGACAAGAACGGAGAAACGUCUGGUCAAAAUGUACUACAGGACUUACAGAGGACGUUGGCCACAAGGAUUCAGUCAAUUCAUUUAUCUUCUUCAAAGGGCUCCAUUGUGUAAAGCUGAGGAAGACGGUAACCCUCCAAUAAAGACCCUGCAAGUUAAGUCUGCUGUUGCAGUUGCUUAAACCCAUUGCAGUUGCUUAAACGACUGGAAAAAAAAAAUUAAAAAUUCUACUUUGCAUCUAGAUAGUUCUGUGUUGGCCAACGGUGCUGUGCUGGGGCUGCAGCACUGUUUGGAUGAGGGAAUACAGGAAAAAAAGCUCCUUCGUGUUUUUGAGCAAAUGGCGUACAAGAGUAUCCAGUGAAUUGCUGUUGUACUCAAAUGCUGAACACACACGUGGUCAUGGAGUUUGAUGCCAACAAAAGCCAGAACUCACAUCAGGCAGAAGCCCCUGCCUGAGCGGUGGCGCCGGGGAACACCCAAAUUGACCGAUUAAUCAUUUAAGGUGGAUUUGUUCCAGUGUUACACAUUUAAGAACUAUAUCUAUCUCAGAGUCCAUUAUCUCAUGCAUUUAAGAAAUGUAAUAACUGUUAUUGCUGUCGAGCAAAGAUCAACUGUAUUAGAGAGUGGGUAAGACUGUUACAGCUGAGGUAAUAUACUGGCAGAUUUUUAGGGGUGGGAACUUUUUAAAUUGUUCAUAAAAAAUAAUGGGGUGGCCUUGUAGUUUAAAAACUAUUUCUUAAGCUUAAAAUUUAAUUUUCGACAGAGCUGUGUUUGAGAAUCUAUGUAACAUGUUUUGUUUUUUUAAAUGGUAAAAUGUACAUUGUGUAAACAUACAUAUGAUCAAGGUUUGCUUGUAUUCUUUCCUAGGAUGGUAUAAUCUUGCCUAACAGGCUAUGGUUACACCAACGAGGUACAUUACCCAGACUAUCUCUAAUACAAUAGUUGGGGGGGCAGGAGAACUGCAUGCUACUUGUGAUUUGGGGUUAAAAACAAUUACAAACUCAACAUGCAUUUGCAUGGUAACUGUACCUGUGAAAUGUUAUGUUCGUGCUUUGUUUCACCAAGACAAACGCAGUGUUGCUUCUUGUCAAACUUCAUUUGUGAAAUUAGCAUAUUUUUUUAUUUGGUGUGAUUGAUUGUGAUAUGAUAUCCCCGGAGACCCUUUUCAAGAUGCUGAUUUCUGUUUGUUACAGCGAAGGGAUAAUAACAGAUCUUUACUUCAGUAAUGUGUCAAUACUUUGCUACUGGCCAGAGAUUGUGUCUGAGUUAGACUUUUUUAACUUAUAAUUAAAUAUGUACUAUAGA